AUGAAUUGCACCAGGGAGGAAUGGUGCAAGGUGGCUAGGGUCUUGGUUGAAAAACAGAUUCUGGCGCCCAUUGACCGGGAAUCUAUCUUCCGAGUGCGAGGGGAGCCUCUGCUUAAUGGUGUUUUCACUGUUGAGAAGAAGGGCGUGGCGGCGCCCGGUGUGCUGCUGUGGUCUGGGGACGAUCAACGCGGGGCGUACUACGCGUGGGCACUUCCUGCCGACUGGCAGCUAGGGCUCUCGCCGGUGCCGGCCGGUGCCGGCUUGCCACCUGACUGGGAAUGGCGGCGUGAUCGUCCUGUGCCCGGGAGUGCUGUUGCAGAAGGAGGUGGCUGGAUCCAGUACUAUUUGGACGACUUCGAUGCUCCGGAAUUUGUGGACCGCACGGAUUGGCAGCGCUUGCGGGGCAUUUUAUCCGCCACUCAUCGUCGACAGCGAGAAGCCUAUGCCCGCAAAGGCGUGGGGAUUUCACAGGAUAAAGCCCACGUCCGAGAGCUUGCAGUGACAGAGCCCAGUGGCAUGGUGACCUGUUCGGAUGCCUCGCUCCACGGGGCAGGGCUUUGCGCAAGCGCGGGGCUUACGCAGGAAGGCAAGGCCAUGCUCGCCAACGUGGAAGCAGGGGACGUGCCGGCGGACAAAGCCGCCAAACGCCUACUGCGCCGCCGGUGGCCUGGCCUGAUCGAGCUAGGAGACAUCAGCAACGUGGAUCGCCACGUGUUGGAGCAACUCCACACGAGCAUAAAUCACGGGCUGGACAUGGUACUUGUUGGGGCAGGCAGCCCUAGCCGCGAAAGCCUUCAAGGGGAGGCGCCCCGUCGAUUCUUCGAGUUGUCUCGGGUGCUUGACCUUUUGCGGGACAUUUUCAGCGUGCCUGUCCAUUACUUUGUCGAAGGCAGCUUCGACAUGUCAGCGGAACAUAGAAACCUUUUCAGCCGUGUGCUUUGCACCACGCCUGUUCUUUUGGACGCAAAAUGGGUUUCUUGGUGCCACCGGCCACGCCUCUUCUGGUGCUCAUGGGAGGUGUUUCCGCUGCAGGGCGAACACAUGGAAAACUGGGGGGAUUACAAGGAGCUGCGGGUUCCUCUUUGCAGAGAAGACGCUUCUUCAUGGCUGGAUGUUAAUUCCGUGUGGAACGGAGAAAGCAACGGCUGGCUGCCGGCGCUCACUUGCCCCCACUACCGCAAACAGCCUAACCCCAGCGUUAUGGCGGAUCUGGACUUGGCAAGCCAAGAGGCCAUUCGCCGCUGGACAGAAGACCAUUUCCGAUUUCCAGUUAGCACUUAUGAGGCCAAGAACAUGGUCACAGGUCCUGACCAGGCGCUGCGCCUUCCGUCGGCCAGCGAGCGUGAAGCUUUGAUGGGAUUUGAUCGCGGGUACAUUACACAGGCCAUUAGCCCCAAAUGCAGCCCGAGCGAAGUUCUUAACCUGGUGGGGACCUUGGUGGGGAGGUCGUCUCAUGUUUGCGUCAUUACCAUUUUGCUGCAUAGCCUGCUCGUGCAAUUUGGGCUGGAGCCCGUUCGAAACUUGGAGAAGCUGGUAGCCGCCCGGCAAGUUGCCAGUGCCGGCUGGCUAUUGUACCCGCGCUUCGUCCCUCGCGGUUUGGAGACUCCCGACACAGCGCAGCUGGUCCUACACUUCAUACGCCAGGUGCCGGCCUGGGAAGAUUUGGAUACCGCUGUUGGCGCAUGGUUAGAGCACGCGUACUCGGAAGGAGCUGCAGUUACACUGGGUUUUAUCAAUGAGGCGGCGGGGCUCCUUGUGGCCUUUGACUGCAUGCUCCGUUCAGGCGAGCUCUAUACUUUGAAGGUGAAAGAUGUCAAGUUUAUGCGCAAUCGUGCUGUCCUGAACUUGAAUCAAAGCAAGGCGGGCAAACGCGCUGGGCACUCUGAAAUGGUGGUGGUGGAAAGCCGGCUGGCGUUCAAGUGGCUGAAGCAAGCGUGCAGCGGCAGAAGCAAGGAAGAGCGCCUGCUCAGCAAGGGCCCGGCGUUCUUUCGAAAGCUCUUUCAUGCCAUGACAGGGUUCUUCAACGCAGAAGGCCUCUUGACAGUCUACAGCCUGCGGCGUGGCGGCGCCACGUGGGAUUUCCUGCAUCACCAAAGCAUGGAGCGCACCUUGCUUCGCGGACGCUGGAGCACUGCCCACACGGCGCGCAUCUAUUUGCAGGACGCAGUGGCGACAGCAUCCUGCAAAUGGAUGGACGCCUUCCUGGAGACCUUCCGAGAACUCAAGGGAGAUGACGUCGUCCCGGACUUGGUCCAGAGGUUGGAUAACAUUGAGAAGGAGGGCCGCAUGGUGCGAACGGAGGACUUGCCGGGCCUCCAGGAGGUCAGUGAAUUCGUGUCCCUGAUUUUCAACGCGGACCAGCUGACGAAGAGUGGCGAUCCACUCAGCUUUUACCCGCUGGGAGAGCUCAACAAGCAGCAAGUGAUGGCGAGAGGCGCCUUUGAUCGCUAUGAGCGGUUUGUUCUGCACGGGUGGCUACUGAGAGCUCUCGAGCUGGAGCGACUAAGCCAGCGCCAGCAGAGGCUUUGCCGAGUGGUGAAUAUCAUUGACGUCACAGGCUGCACCUUGUCCAAGGUGAUAUGCAAAGAAUUCGACCGACGAGCUGAGAAGAUGAUGCAACGACUAGAGAGUCUCGUGCCGGAUUUGACUGCUGGCAAUUGGGUGAUCAAUGCUCCCUGGAUCAUGCAGAAGAUCUUUCCAUGGGCCAAGCGAUCGCUGAAGGUCAAGGUGGACAACUGGUUCCUGUGCAAAGGCAACGGGGAGCAGGACCCAGACUUGCUCAGCAUCGUUGACCUGGAACAGCUUCGCGCCUUAGACGCCUUCCGCUUCAAGGUGAAGGAGGAAAACGAUCAGAGGAAUGAUGAGAGCUACCACUACAUUGGCCCUGGACAGGUUCUGGAGAAGGUGGUGGAGGCCACCGCGGGACAGCGAGUCAGCUGGAAGUUUGUGGUGCUACCUGGCAGUCGUUUCCUACCACCGCCCGAAGUGCGCUUCUGUGUGGUCGGCAUUUGGGACAUACCCGAGGCACAAGAUUCUGAACCCGGCCUCCGACCUGCCUCAAGGUCCAAAGAACGGCCAGUCGGGCGCAACCGCGAUCGAUCGGGCAUGGUGGUGGAGGACGGUGGCGCCUUGGAGUUGAUCGAGGAGGAGGACGAGGAGGACGGCUACCAGGGACUGGACGAGGAGGUGCUCCACGAAGGCACCUGGAAGACGCUGGAUCUCGAGAACUGCGGCACUGUGACCAGCCCCAAAGCCGGGCUCGUGGCUCUGCGCUGGAGCAACGAGUUCAACAUCCUUCGACCCAAGCGAAUACAGUUGGAGAUCAAGGUCGAGGAGGUCGAGCCCGCUAGCUGA